AUGCCCCCGCGUCUCCCCGCCGCUCGCUUCUUGCCCCAAUUAACCACGUCCCCGUCCCCAUCUCCAAAGCCCCGCCCGAACCGCCGCCGCAAACCCCCCCCUUUCCCCGACCCGUACGCGCUCCCCCCACCCCCCUCCGCCUUCCCCUCCUACGAACCCCCUCCCUUCUUCCGCUACGAGCUCAUUCAUCGCUCCACCCGCUCCCGCGCCCGCGUCGGCCGCCUGCACACCCCCCACGGUGUCGUGGACACCCCGGGCUUCGUCGCCGUCGCCACUAACGCCGCGCUCAAAGCCGUCGACCACCGCCCACUGGCCGCCGAGCUCCAGCUCAUCUUCUGCAACACCUACCAUCUAAUGCUCCACCCCGGCCCGGAAGUCGUCGCCAAAGCCGGUGGCCUGCAUUCUUUCAUGAACCGCGACGCCCCCAUCAUCACAGACUCGGGCGGCUUCCAGGUCUUCUCGCUCGCACACGGCUCGGGCGCCACCUUCCGCUCGUACCGCGACGGCACGCGCAUGCUCCUCACCCCGGAGACCUCCGUCGCUGCGCAGAAGGCCUUCGGCGCGGAUAUCAUUGUCCCGUUGGACGAGCUCCCGCCGUACCACAUCGAGCGGGACGCGCUGCAUCGCUCCGUCCUGCUCUCGCACCGCUGGGAGGCGCGCAGCCUGCAGACGCAUCUGGACGACCGCAGGAAGCAGGCAAUGUACGCCGUGGUGCACGGCGGCAUCGACGAGGACCUACGCGCAAUGUCGGCCGAGUACUUGGGGAGCUUGCCAUUUGAUGGAUACGGCAUCGGCGGCAGCCUAGGGAAGAACCGCGACGAGCUGUUCGAGCUGUUGAGGUUCGUCAUGCCGCGGCUGCCGCCGGACCGCCCCAACCACCUGCUGGGCAUCGCCGACGUCGAUAGCAUCGUGGGCGCCGUGCCGCUGGGCGUGGACACGUUUGAUUCGUGCUUUCCCACACGGCUCGGCAGGCAUGGUACGCUGCUGACGAGGAGGUUUGGCAGGGUGCAGAUCCGACAGAGCAAGUGGAAGAGCACGUUCGAACCGCCUGACUGGGAAGGCGGGUUGAGGGGACACUCGCUCGCUUACUUACAUCAUUUGUGGAAGACGCAUGAGCCCAUGGCGGCCACGCUGCUCACGUUGCACAAUAUUCACUACAUGAGCGAGAUGAUGGGAAGGAUGAGACAAGCCAUUUUGAAUGAUGAGAUUUGA